UCUGCACAAAAUGAAGUGUUGGAACAAAAUAUCUUUUCAGUCAGAUUAUUAUAAACAUCCAUUUUCAUGGUUUUUUGUUUCGAUAUACCAGACCGGCCAUCUUCUCGAAUCAGGUACACAUGAGACUCAAGCCUGGAUUUGGGAAAACUAUGAUAAAAAAAUACAAAUUGAUAAACCACUUUUCCGAUGUAAGAAGUGCAAAAAGUUUAUUGAGAAAAACAACAUGAUGAAUCAUAUUACGAGUACUCAUCCCAAUCUAUUGAAUAGUAAGCUGGACAAUAAAGUUGUAAUAGAAGACUUAAAAAAUAAGAGAGGAAAACGUAAAAGUCGGCGCUGGGUUUGGGAACACUUCGAUAAACUAUCAGAUACAACACUCCGGUGUAAACUGUGCAAGGAGUCAAUUAAGUACGCUUCUAAUAUGUUUCGACACAUGCAAAGGAUUCAUGCCGAUAUUUACAGCACUAAAGUUGAUAAAAAAAUUGCGAAGAAAAAAGACAAGAAGACACCAACUUCACGAAAACGGGGAAGGCCUCGCCAGAGUUGGGUGUGGAGAUACUAUGCGUGCAACGGAAGCCACGCUGCUUGCAAGCUCUGCAAGAAGGUGGUUCAGCUCCCAAAAGACUCCAGUACCAGCAACCUCAUUAAACAUCUCAUGAGGUUACAUAACGAGGUCGUUAAUAAAGGUAAACGUAGAAGUCGGCGUUGGCUAUGGGAGCACUUUGAUAAGAUAAAUGAUACAACACUUCAGUGCAAGCUGUGCAAGCUGCCGGUGAAGCAUUCCACUAAUAUGUUGCAGCAUAUUAGGCGGAAACAUUCCGAUCUUUACAAAACUAAAGUGGAGGAAAAUGUUGUAAUCGAAAAAAUUAAGAACAAACCUCUGCCACGGAAACGUGGUAGACCACACCGGAGUUGGGUGUGGGCAUAUUUUGUCCGCACUUCAAAAAAUCGCGCCACUUGCAAGAUCUGCGACAAGGCUAUAUGCUCCAGCUUCAGCACAACUGGUAACCUUAUUAUCCAUCUGAAGAAAGUUCAUAAGAAGGACGCAGGUUGGAUCUGGUUAGUCUUUGAAGAAGAAGAUGACAGUGACAAAUAUUCGUGCAGAAUAUGCAGCUUCAAAUGUACUAAGACUGAAGAUAUGAAGAACGAUAUUAAGACAAUAUGUGACCACUUGAAAACAGAACACGGCCUGGAGUCGGGUGACCAAGUAUCUACGGUUCCUGAUGAUAAAAAUAAAGUAGUUAUAAAGCAUAUUAAAGAUGGAAGCGAUCAAGAUAGUGAAUAAUGGAAAAAAGCCUCGGGCUUUCGAGAGAUUUGUUGACACAUUCAAUUAAAUACGUUUAAAUUGAUGCUAUUUUUCAUAUAUUAUAUUUUAUUACGAAAAUGUUUUAACGAUUAUGAAUAACAUCACUGAUGUCAAGCGGAGGUUCCGUAUCUCUAUUUUACCAACCUAAUUAAUUGUAACGGAACUCCGCUUAUGAAAUAAUACUACA